UGAGCGAGUAACUCAGCUGGGUGAGUAAAAAUUCUACUACUCGACUCGUGAGUACCCAGUGCGCAGCCUAAUUCCGGCUCGCCCGGAAAACGCGUAACACGCUUUAUAUACCACAUGUACUGUAACGGCGGCAUCCGUUACAGGAAGUCUCACAAAGUAGACAGAUCAAGCUUCGAGAAUUGAGAAUUGGAUCCUCAUCAACCUGUGAUAUUUAUAUUGGCUAUCUGAAUGACGAUGCGCUGCUGCAUAUAUUGCGGCAUCUAUAUUGCGUGCCCUCGUCCUGUGAAUGGAGUGAUGUUGAACAGGCCCAAGCCGUUCAAUAAACGGCGCGCACCAUUUGGUGUACAUCUCAAUACUCGGCAAACACUAUCAGUGGCAAAAUUAGGUAUAGUCUUAAGGAAUUUUUUCUCCAUUACUGUAAACACUUAAUUGGAAGUAUGUUUUGGCGCCCUUUAUUUUCUUCGUUGUUCCUGCAUCUGUCAAAGUGAUAACUUAACGAGUUCCACACCAGCAGAUAAGCUACCAACCAAUCAAUCUGCUGACUAACCACAUAAUCAACCCACACCGCCCCGGCAGAAAAAGUCCCCAUCCCAAACUUUCCAAACCUCGAAGCCGUCCCCCAAUCCACCAAAACACACCUCCCCAAAAAUGGUGAAACCUAAAACCUCCAAGGGCGCCAAAGGCGCCAAAUCCUCCGUGCCGAGCGACACAAUCACUGACCCCCGCUUCGCCGCCUUCGCGACAGACCCCCGCUUCCGCCUCCCCUCCAAAAAACACACCCACACCAAGAUCGACAAGCGCUUCUCGCGCAUGCUCGAGGAUGACGACUUCUCCAACACAGCGACUGUCGACCGGUAUGGGAGGAAGAUAAGCAGUAGUGGGAAGAAGAAGGCGUUGCGGAGACUGUAUCAGCCUGAAGAGGAGGAGGAGGAGGAGGAGUGCGCUGCCGAAGACGGGGUGGAGGUCGAGGAUGAUACGGUGGUAGAGAAGGAGUUGCGUCGCGCGGAGGGGGGGUACGAUCCCGCGCUUGGCGGGGGCUUUUCGUCGUCUGAAGAAGAGGAGGAAUCGGAGAUUGAGGAGGACGAGGAGACUGCCGUUGAUGAGACCGGGGCGUUCCCUGAUCUGCAGGCGGAGCAGACGGCGGUGCCAAUGGGGGUGGUGUCGAAACGAAUCGCGGUGGUAAAUCUAGACUGGGAUAAUAUCCGUGCGGUGGACUUGUACUCUGUCUUCUCGAGCUUUGUGUCAGGAGCCGGGCGCAUUGAGCAUCUGGCCGUGUAUAAGAGCGAGUAUGGGAAGGAGCGCAUGGAGAGGGAGGAGAUGGAGGGGCCGCCGAGAGAGAUUUUCGCAAGGCAGAAGGCUGAGGAGGAGGAAGAGAGGGAUUCGGAGGAGGAUACUGAGGAUGAGGAGAGGAUUAAGCAGGACCUUCUCAAGCCUGAUGAUGGAGAGGAAUUCGACUCCGGCGCACUGAGACAGUACCAGCUCGAGCGGCUACGCUAUUUCUACGCCGUCAUCACAUUCUCAGAUCCACAGGUCGCGCACCGCGUGUACGAAGCCACAGACGGAACAGAGUACCUUACCUCUGCGAACUUCUUCGACCUCCGCUUCGUGCCCGACGACACCGAGUUCGACGACGUCCCCCGCGACGAGUGCUCCGCCGUGCCGGAGGGAUACAGACCCACUGACUUCGUGACUGACGCGCUGCAGCACUCCAAGGUGAAGCUGACGUGGGACGCGGACGAUGUGAGUCGCAAGGACACGCUGAAUAAGGCGUUUAGCGGCUCCAGGGCGGAGAUUGGGGAGAAUGACCUCCGUGCGUAUCUUGGAAGUGAUAGCUCGGAGAGCGAGGGGGAAAAUGAGGAGGAGGUGGUGGCGGAUGAUGUGCCGAGGUUGACGAAGAAGGAGGCGGCUAGGCAGAAGAUGCGCGCUGCGCUGGGGUUGUCGGCGGAGCCGAUGAAGUCGAAGAAGGUCGAGGGACCGGUGGGGGAUAUGCAGAUUACCUUUACGGCUGGUCUGUCGACGACAGAUAAGGGUGAUGGGGGUGUGUUUUUGAAUAAACCGAUUAUCGAGGAGACGACUGCGGAGGCGUAUAUCCGUAAGGAGAAGGAGCGUAAGGCGCGCAGGAAGGAGAAGGCUAAGGCUACGCGCGAGGGCCGCGAUGUCGAUGCCGAGGUCGAGGUGGCAGAGGAGGUGGUGGCUGAGCCGGAGGCGGACCUAGGCUUCGACGACCCCUUCUUCGCAACGGACGAUAAGGUGAAGUCUAAGGCAGCGUCUGACCUCCGCAAGGCGGCGCGGGCGAAGAAACAUGCUGAGAAGAAGGCCCUUCAAGAUGCCGCAGACGAGCAGAAGAAGGAGCUCGAGCUUAUCAUGACUGAGGGCCUCGAUGAGGGUGGAUCUAGGGAGCACUUCGAUAUCAACGAGAUUGCGCGUGCUGAGAAGGCCGCGAAGCGUGGUGGCAAGCGCGGACGCAAGGGGAAGACUGGUGAGGUGGAGGACCGCAAGGGAGCGCUGCAGAAGGGGUUCGAGAUGGAUGUUGCGGACCCACGUUUCGGGGCGCUGUUUGAGAGCCAUGAGUUUGCGAUUGAUACGAGUAAUCCGAAGUAUAAGGCGACGGAGGGGAUGAAGAAGUUGUUGGAGGAGGGGAGGAGGAAGAGGAAGGGUGAUGAGGGGGAGGAGGGGGGGGGGGAUGGUUGUGGGGAAGAAGAGGAGGAGGGAGAAGGGGAGUGGGGAGGGGUUGGGGAAGUUGGUGGAGAGUGUUAA